AUGGCUGAUCUUCAAGAUUGUUCAUCUCAACUCCAGAUCACUCUUGAUUUUCGUGGUCUUAUUCAAGCUAAAAAAGAUUGUACUCUACUUCUUCACAAAUUCUUGAAUAUUGAAGAAUCUUCUUUAAGGCAAAAGUUUAGAGUUAUGUGGCUGAAGCAAGCUUUGUGGGCUAUUGAUGAUGAUAAAGCUCCAGGUAUUGAUGGCGUUGAUAGUAAUUUCUUUAAGAAGGCUUGGCACCAUAUAAAACAUGAUAUUUUCUCUUCUGUGCUUUAUUUCUUUGAUUCUGGUGUUCUGUUACCUGAUAUUAACUACACUCUGGAUGCUUGUCAGCAGCAUCUGAAUCUUAAUGUGACAAGGAGGUCUUUUGAUGCUGAAGUUCAAAUUAUGGCUCUGAAGAGUAGGAGGAAAAUCCCACAAGCUCAGAGUAUCUUUGCUGUUGGUGCUUCCGUUUACAUAGGAUGCAUAUUGAUGACAUACGAUCAUUUGAACAGUACUGUAUUAUAUCCUCUGAAGACAUCAGGUGGGAGGGUGAGGAAUCUGGAAUUUCCCACAGAGGUGAUCGAGCUGGUCAAGGUCGUGGUUUUAAGAAGUCUUUCAGCCCGUGGUGGGGCUGUUAGUGGCGCAGGAAGAGGUUGUGGAACCUUAAAGAGCCAGCCUAAGAAGACUUUACGUUUUCCCCAGAAUGGCAUUGGAAGAAAAGGAUUGACAGAUAUCCAGUUACUUCAUACUGAUACUCUAAUUAAAGAGGUUGAGAAAGUUUUUAGUGCUAAUCAUCCUGAUCCAGCAGAGGUUGAGAAAGCCAAGAAAGUCUUGAAAGAGCAUGAACAAGCAUUGAUGGAAGCCAUUGGUAGGCUUCAGGAUGCAUCUGAUGGUGAAAGUGAUGGGGGAGAGAAUCCCUUUUCACAAGGACAAUCCAUGGACCGAGAGCAAGGAUGGAGGAAACAGCAGUAUGAUGAGAUGGGUGGCGAAGGUAGGGGAAUGGAAGGUCUAGAUGGUGAUAAAGGUCUAGUGACAUCGAAAAAGAAGCAAGAAGCUUAGCCUGUGUAAUAUCCAAAUAUGUUGUGCCUUCUCCCCCAUAACAUGUUUUAGUUAAAAUCUUGUUAUAUACUGGUGGAAAUGAAAUUCACUACUCAACAGAGGUUAGUCAGAGAAUAGGAAACAAAUAUAAUUUGGAGAAGGAAAGAUUUUAACUUUGUAUUUAUAGACCUACUUAGAUAUUUUUCUCUCACCCCUUCUGACAUUCUCUGCUAAUACCUGUUGCUAUCUGACCCCUAACAUAUUCCUCGACGUAAUCCUCUAGGUUUUUUGAUUCCUCUGGGUUUUUUGAUUCAUUGAAGUAGCAGAUAAUCUGGAAAAAGGAUGUAUCAGAAACGACCUUUCGUUUAUUGUAUGUUUAACCAGGAUUAUCUAUGGAACAUUAAGAUAAUAUUGCUGUAUCAGUUUUGGGGUGUUGACUUAAGUGUGAGAAUGAAUUUCAAAGAAAAUUUAGUCCAAGUUAUCUUAUAAACAAUCUGCAUGUAUAUUUUGGCCUGAGGUAAAUUAUGGUAACUUCAUGUGUGGGCUGAUGAAGGAGAAUAUUCGGUUAAAUAUUUACAUUAUUAUGAUAUUUAAUUUUGUCAUCGUUUCAGGUUAAUGGCAAAUGGGAGAAAGCGUGGCAUGGUACCUCAAGAGAAUGCAACCUCGUAUAUCGAGUAUGAUGAUGAUGGUAAUAGUACUAUCAAGGCACUGGUCCAACCUAUUCUCAGGAGAAAAUUAAUGAACUCAGGGAGUUGUGGAUUACAUAUGUCGGAGAUCAACACGAAGCACAAAUGAUGAAUGAGUUCUAACUUUCCGCCUAAUUUUUUUUAACCUUAAUCCACUUUUGGACAUACAUUAUAUUUUUGGAUUUGGAUAUUGAUAUCAUGUGGAUGUGGUUAUAGGAUAGAAUUGAUCUUGUUUAUGAUAUAGAUCAAUAUUGAUAUGUAUAUAUAGUAGUUUUUUUUAGAAGUUCAGAUUUAUGAAUAUUAGUUGAAUUAUUUUGUAAUAUAAAGAAUUUUGGAAGUUUGGAAUAUCAAUUCAAUUUAUUGGUUAA